AUGUACGACCCAGAAAUAUCCACACACAACGGCAUUCUGUUUAGAGGACACCGCGUAAUCGUCCCAAAAAGUUUACAGCCAGCAGUACUACAAGAGCUACACUCUACACACAUAGGAAUCGUUCGAAUGAAGGCCCUAGCCCGAAACUACUGUUACUGGCGUAAUAUCGACUCUGAUAUUGAGAAUACGGUUAAAAGUUGCAAAGAAUGCUGUGACAUUAAGAAAAACCCAACAAAAGCUCCAAUACACAAAUGGGAAACACCUACAAGAAACUGGCAACGCAUACACAUCGAUUACGCAGGACCAUUUAUAAAUCAUUAUUUCUUCAUUGUCGUUGAUGCCAAAUCGAAGUGGCCGGAAAUAUUCUAUACAAAGAAAGCACCAGACACAUCAAUCACAAUUCAUUUCCUACGUGAAGUCUUUGCUCGAUUUGGUCUACCUGAGAUCUUAGUAAGUGAUAAUGCAAGCAUUUUUAAGUCACAAGAAUUUCAAGAGUUUUGUUCGAGAAACGGAAUCCGUCAAAGUCUAAUAGCACCGGGACACCCAGCCACAAAUGGCCAGGCUGAAAGAUACUGCCACACCUUAAAAACACACCUCAAAUGUAUGAAGCAUGAAACUGGUACCUUACAUCAGAAGCUUCAUGAACUAUUAUUCCGAUAUAGAGCGACUCCCUUAUCUAACGGGAAAAGUCCAGCAGAAAAUCUAUUAGGACAUACAAUAAGAACAAAAUUAGAUUUGCUCAAACCCCAGGCACAAGCUUCCGAAAGGAACAUAACUGAACAACCGAAAUUCUACAAAUUUUAUCGUGUGGGAGAUCGUGUACAAUCCCGAAAUUACACAACUUCCGGUCCUUGGAAAUAUGGUAUCGUAGCUGAACGACUAGGUCAUGUACACUACUUAAUUGAACUCGACGAUGGAUACGUAAUAAAAAGGCAUUACGAUCAACUACGUCUGUGUGAAAUUAACAAACAGACAACUCCCGUCCAGAUAGGAUUCGACUUCAACAAAAAGAAAAUUGACAAGUGCAAUGACACAGUAAACAAUAGGGACUCAUCCUAA